CGGUUUGUGCGGUGACGGCGGGUCGUCUGGCUGCUCUCCUCCGCCUCUCUCUUCUCUCCCUUCUUUCCCCUCCGCCACACACGGUCAGAGCGGGGGCAGCGGAAGGCGGAGUCCAUUCUCUGAGGCGUUUCUCCUUCCCCCCCUCCUCCUUUCUUCCCUUCCUUCCUCCCUCUUUCUUCUCCUCCUUCAUCCCCCCCUUUUCCUCCUCCCCUCACGGACAGCAACAUGGCGGCGGUGUCGGGGGCAGCCGCGGGCAGCUGUGCCAACCCAGUCGGGGGCCCGGAGAUGGUGCGAGGGCAAGUCUUCGACGUGGGGCCUCGCUACACCAACCUCUCCUAUAUCGGGGAAGGGGCGUACGGGAUGGUCUGUUCUGCCUAUGAUAAUGUCAACAAAGUUCGGGUGGCUAUAAAGAAAAUCAGCCCUUUUGAACACCAGACUUACUGCCAGAGAACUCUGAGAGAGAUCAAAAUCCUAUUGCGCUUCAAGCAUGAAAAUAUUAUUGGGAUUAAUGACAUUAUCAGAGCUCCAACAAUUGAACAAAUGAAAGAUGUAUACAUUGUGCAAGAUCUCAUGGAGACAGACCUUUACAAGCUCUUAAAGACUCAGCAUCUCAGCAAUGAUCACAUCUGCUAUUUCCUUUACCAGAUCCUGAGAGGAUUAAAAUAUAUCCAUUCAGCCAAUGUGCUGCAUCGUGACCUCAAACCUUCCAAUUUGCUGCUAAACACCACUUGUGAUCUCAAGGUCUGUGACUUUGGAUUGGCUCGUGUUGCAGAUCCAGAUCAUGAUCACACUGGGUUCCUAACAGAAUACGUAGCCACACGUUGGUACAGAGCUCCUGAAAUCAUGUUGAAUUCAAAGGGUUAUACAAAAUCUAUUGAUAUCUGGUCAGUAGGUUGUAUUUUGGCAGAGAUGCUAUCAAACAGACCCAUAUUUCCAGGAAAACACUACCUUGAUCAGCUGAACCAUAUCCUUGGGAUACUUGGGUCUCCUUCUCAAGAAGACUUGAACUGUAUAAUCAAUUUGAAAGCCAGAAAUUAUUUGCUUUCUCUACCAUACAAAAAUAAGGUGCCUUGGAACAGGCUGUUUCCAAAUGCUGACCCCAAAGCUCUUGAUUUGUUGGAUAAAAUGUUGACCUUCAACCCCCAUAAGAGAAUUGAGGUGGAAGAAGCUUUGGCCCAUCCGUAUCUGGAGCAGUACUAUGACCCAAGUGAUGAGCCUGUAGCGGAAGCACCCUUCAAGUUUGACAUGGAGCUUGAUGACUUGCCGAAGGAAAAACUGAAAGAACUGAUUUUUGAGGAAACUGCCAGGUUCCAGCCAGGAUACAGAUCCUAAAUGGCGCAUGGGAUAAAGGAGUUAAAGGGCUGGGCAUACUCCACGUAGAUGUUCUCUUCCUGGUUCUUUAUCUAUGGUCAUGCCAUGUGGCCUGUUUUAGUUUAUCCACUAACCACUUUAAGCCAUUCAGGAGGGCCAUCUCUGGUAGUCAUGGCUUUUAUACUUUCAACAGAUUCUUUAUUUAUGCCUGAAAAACGGUUACUGAUAUUCCUGUGUGUAAUAUCCAUUACUGACCUUUUGGCAGUACUAUCUUUCCAUAAACAUCUACUGCUGGUAAUUUGUUUAAAUUGCUUCCUUUUCUGAUUUGAAAGAUACAGGCUCAGUUCACACACUUUUCUCAAUGGUAGUGUAACCACCAUUGAGAAAUGUUGCCUGGAGGGAAAAUUCUACCCCAUAGUGGAGGUUUUUAGAAGAACACUCCACCCUGAAUCUCCACACUGUGCAGUGGAGAGUUCCUGCACAACCAUUGUGUUCUGUGUUGUGUGGAGGGCUCUGUGGAGUUUCCUGUUGAAUUGAGUGGAGUUUCCCAGUGGGCAUAGAAUUAUUUCCCUGGCAAGAGCGGCAAAAGGAGAGAGUGCUGCUCUAGGAGAGUUGCUGGGAUUGUUUGUUUGUUUUUGCAGCAAUGGCUGAUGGGAUACCAUUGAGAGGACUGGGGGAGGAGAGAGGUCUGAGGAAUGUCAAACGCUGUGUUGACUUUUAGUCCACUCCACAGGAGGCCACACCCACAUAGUGGUGGAGUUGGAACUUGUUAUAUGGUGCGUACCCCCUACAAACUCUACCAUUGAGUGGAGUUUUCCCCCUGAGUAGAGAAAAGUGUUGUGUGAACUCAGCCACAAUGUUUUGUUUCUGAUUUUAACUGAGAUGAUGGCAUACAAAGAUGUUUACACCAUGAACCAUUUUAUUUUCUAGAUUUUGUUUCUGGCAUUUUUAAUUAUUAUUUUUAAAAGGAAAAGCUACAUUUUAGGGCACUUUAAGUCAGUGACAUCCUCCAUUCUUUUGCACUUCUUUAAGCAUGCAGUGGUUUGCUAACAUGCACAAUGCAGAUUGACAGAAUAAAUCUUGUUUAUGUACUUGUUCUAAUUUCUUGUUCUAUAAAUGUAAACGAAUGCAGGGCAUUUUACUAGGACAUCUAGAAGUCUUGCUUUUUAACCAAACUAUGGAAAAAACCGCCCCACAACUCUCACCCCUUUAAGAGGUCAUAGGUACUUGUGCAAUUUUGAAUUUUAAUGGUACUCCCAAACCUUCUACUAUCAUAUUUGCAAAAUAUGUAGUACAAUCCUAACCAUAUUUACCCAGCAGUAAAUCCCAUUGAGUUCAAUAGGACUUACUUAGGGAGUGUAUUUAGGAUUGCAGCUUUAUACAAACAAUGUAGAGACGCUUGAUAGCUUACAGAGUGGUGAGAGAAUAAUUUAGAACAAAAUCUCAUAUUUGAUAGUUUUCUUUUGUAGAAAGACUCCCAUGUGGUCUGCAUCAGUAGGCAGAAAUACUCAUGUGAAUAUUGCAAACGGUCUACCUAUUGAAUACCAAGGAAACACUUCUGUUAUCUGUACAAUGUUUGAAUUUUACCUGGAGGGCUGUGACAAGGGAACACUGCAUCUUUAAAUGAGAAAGUUAGAAUUUACUUUUGCUCCCGUCGCAUGUCAGCAUCUUGAGUUUAUUUCUUGUAACUUCCCCCGUGGCAAUGUGCAUAAGGCAUUACUGAUAACGCUGACUUAGGGCGGCCAGACGAAGCUAUCACUAAAUCAUUUUUCACCAGUAACACCCUACCUUUUUUAAUGAUAGCUCUUCAAGUAUUUGUUUCUGAAAUUGUAUAAUGUGGAGUUUACUAGGUGUUAUGUUCCAGUGCAGUGCCUCCUUUACUUUUCCCCACUGCUCUGUGGUGAGAAAUUUGCCUUGUUCAAGAUAAUUACUGUGCCCUCGCAUGACUGUUAAAAAGCUUUCUGUGCAAAGAUGAUUGUCUAAGUGCCACAUGCCUACAAUUGAAAAAAGUUACCUCCGAAUUGUGUUAAAUGAAAUUCUAUCCAACAAAGAACUCUUUUUUUAAGAAAAAAAAUAGCUUUGUCUUAGCUGUUCGUUUUUCUGCUCUGUUGUAUUUUGGCAGCAGUGAAGAAUAGAUUGUAUAAAAACUGCUUACUAAUAUGAACAAAAACGCACUUGUAAUUAAUCAAAAAUAAAUUUUAAUCUUGUAUCUUUACAUUAAUCUUUCAAAUAACUUUAUUUGCUCUUUGAAGCAUGUAGAUGGGAAUCUGGCUACUGUAGUAUUAAGGAUGCUUGCUGGUGGAUAGCACUUUUCCCCCAAUAUAAUUUAGAAAGCCAUUAGCCUAGACUCUCAGCAACCAACCCUAUCAUUAUGCAUAUUUACUCCGUUCAAAAGGACUUAUACCUUGUUAGUCAUAUCUAGUGCCAUUGGUUUCAAUGUAACAUGAUCCUAAACAUAUUUACUUAGAAGUCCCAUUGAGUUCAGUGACAUUUCCUAGUAAAUGAAUUUAGGAUUGCAGCUUUAAGGUGCAAUCCUAUGCAUGUUCAGACAGGGAAAAAAGACCUACAACUCCCAGCAUGCAUGCUGGGAGUUGUAGGCCUUUUUUUCUGUCUAAACAUGCAUUGGAUUACAGCCUUAGUCACUUAGCUGGAUUGGGGACCCUGUAUAAGGGUGCUAAGUUUCCCUUAAUAAUUAUUUUAUUUGUUAGCUUGCUAAAGCUAACUUCUAAUAGGCAAACGUUUGUCUCCAAAGGGCAUUUUAUAUCAACUCCUGUGGUCCACAGGACUCCUUGUGUGUAAAACACAUGUCAGGAACAUUGUUGGAAACUGUGCAAAGUUUGCUUUUGGCAGAUGGCCAACUUCUCUAAUUCUCCGUUUGACUGUUUGUACUUGUAUAGAAACUUCUUCUGCCUUCCGACACAUAUCUUACCCAAAUGCCUACUCCUAGCUGAUUUGGACUACGGCCUAAGGUUUUGCCUACAUGAUGAUUAAAUCAUUAACUUUGGAAGUUUUGAUCUUAUAAAAACUCGCGUGACGUAACACCACAGGUUUCAUUAAGAGUUUUGAAAGCUUUUUGCUUUGGCUCCUUGCGUUUUUGUUUUUGUUUUGGAGAGCUAACUUUUGUUGUAUGAACCUUACCUUUGAUUUACAACUCUACAAAAGAAGCCAUGGACACACUUUACUAAUAUCUGGUACUUUGAGGCACAGUUUCUGUCUGUGUUAAAACAGAUUGGCUUGAAUUGCCACUAAUUGCCAUCAUUGAAUGUUGUUGGGAUUGAAUUUUCACCUUGAGCAUAAGAACAGGAAAUCUGACUGAAUGGAAAAUCUUUUAAAAGAUUGCUUAUAAACAGUGUGUAAGGGUGCAAUCCUAUGCAUCUUUAGACAGAAUAAAGUCCAACAACUCCCAGCAUGGGAAUCCUGGGAAUUGUAAGAUAUAUUUUUCUGUCUAAAGAUGCAUAGGAUUGCACUCUAAUUUGCAUGAUUGUUUUCUUACCUAUUCUGUCUAUUUUUGCAAAAACUAUUCAAGGAAUUCCUGUAAAAACUAUGUAGGCUCUGAGGCCUAGGUACCAAUGUAUGCAAUUAUAUUGAAGCUUAUUCAAAGAUACAUGGAAUUCAUAUGUUGGGGCUCAUGUGAGUUCAACAGAACAUGUGCACAGUCACUGGUCACUGUACGAAAACCUUUUGGGUGACUUCAUAUUCAACUUUGAGACUAUGCAUAUCGAUCAGGCAAUAUACAAGAUUCACAAUUCAUUCUGUCAAUUUGUGCACGUUCUCCGUUGAUCUCCUAUUAGCCACAAGCUGUCAGACAUUCCAGUCUUAAACCAACAAGACCCUGCAAUUCACAGUGGUGCAAUACAGUGAAAUUCUGUUUCCUGGCUGUGAUUGAUUGAGCUUUGCUUAUGAGGCCUACUUGUUGUUCUAAAGCCAUACAUGUGUGCCAUACAUGGAAUGCAUGCUUUGAAGAGAUAAUUACAUUAACACAGAGAGGUUAGAUUUGAGAGCUGGGCUGUUUGUUUCCACUGUAAAAUACUUCAAUACGAGGCUGCCUUGCUAGUUGACACCUUCUAAAUUGGACGUGCUAGCACUGAACCAAGAACAUUUCUAGCAUGCAAACCUUAUACUUUACCAGUGAGCUACUUAUGACGUCCCAUGCCAUGUGAUAUACGAUUGGCAAAGAAACCUUAGUGAGGAUUUCAAAUUCUCAAUACUGAACUAGUUCCUGUAAAUUUACUAUAUAAUCCAAUGCAUAACAAAUCCAUUUUCAAAUAGCUCAGAGAAGGCAUACACACACACAAUUUUAGUCCCUUGCAUAGUACUUCUAUAUUUAUAAAGCGAUGUUUUGAAGCAAUCCCAAGUUUAAGGGAGAGUAUUUUUGUAAGUGUUGCAGUUUAAGUCCAAGAAAAAUCCUUUUAACAUAUGUUUGAGAUAUGUUUCUGCUUUGACUGAAUGAUUUGACUGAAGUACAAGAUGCUAAAGUAAUGAAAAGUGCACCUUAGUGAAGUCCAUCCUUGCAAUCAGUGUCAGAGCAUGUGCUGUGACCAGAACUGAAAUGGUUAUACUGGAAGAAACUCAACAAUAGGAAUAACCUUGUGAUCCCAGAACAAACUUUUAAUGGCUGCAGCAGGUUUACUUACUAUUGUUGCCUUUUCUUGUGGUGUUUCAGUGUAGAGCACUCCUAAGGAAAUACUUUUGCUUUUGUAUUCGCUUUGUACUGUCGGUGCCUUAGUCAUGUACCCCAAACAUCCUGCACAGCUAAUUUUAGUUAAUGGUAAGUUUAAAACCUAAAACAGAAUUUUAUAAAGGUUUUCUCUAUGUUGUUAGAUUAUAACAACUAAACAUUUAUAUUGUGCGACAGAUUGGUGAUUUGGUUAUUAUAAUAUGUAUAGAAUGAUUGUAAGUAGAAAAGGUUUAUAUUUGUCUUAAUUCUGUUGAUGUAAACGUACAUAUUUUUUUAAAAAACAGUUGAUGUCUCAUUAGUACAUGCCAUCUGAUUCUUGUAAAAAAACAAAUGUGAAGAAAUCAUUAAAUUGUGAUCCUGGAUUACCAACGUAACAAA